AUGGGAGAGGUGAAGAGCUGUGUGAAAGUGCACACAAAACUGACGGUGGUGUCCAGCACUCCAACCGGGUCGGGUAAGACCACAAUCUCAACCCUGGACCAUGCCAUGGGCCUCCACACGCUCCACAUCAUCUUUUAUUACUGGACCAACCCGUUUAAGGACGUUACGGGUCGAUUAACCCAAGGAGGAGAUGGUAACUGGGAGGUGAAGUGCAAUGAAACUGGGGUUAGGACGUUAAGGGCCAGCGUAGGGACCACCCUUGAUGAGUGGCUGAGAUCUGCCGAUGCGUCCGAAGAGCGAGAUCUGACGGUAUGGGAGGAUAUGCUUGAUAAUCCAAGUAUAUGGUCCCCAUUUCGUGUACAGGUAAUAUAUGUCUCUUAA